CUAAUUGGAGAAUCGAGCGUGAAUUUAAUAUACUGUAUAAUUUGACAUAUUAAUCUUGCUGCUACCGCUUGUGGAAGUAUAAAAAGACUGUCAACACGAACUCGAGUCAUUUUAACGAGAUACAUUUAAGAGAUAACUACAUUCUGAUUACGUUUUGUUUUGACUUCAAACGGAUAAAAAAUACACUCCACGUGGAUAUUGUGCAGAAGGACAGUGCAUUAUUGAAUUUAACAACGGAUGAACUUGUGAUGCCUGUGCUACGUUUGAAAUAAGGGAACAAAACAAUGCAGGAAAAAAUUAAAUCAUUAUUCCGACCCACAAGUGAAGACAGAUUUAACAUUUACCAAUCUGCAGAGGAGGCAAAGAAUGCAAAACUGCGAAAUAAGCAAAUCAGCAAAGUUUUGAAACAACACAAGAAAGAGGAGCUCAAGAAACUGAAGAUCUUAUUACUUGGAACAGCAGAAUCCGGAAAAAGUACUAUCACAAAACAAAUGAAAAUUAUCCAUAGUAACGGAUUUGACAUGAGUGAAAGAUUAGAGAAAAUAUCAGACAUUAGGAGAAACAUCCAGCAAUCUAUUGUUGUUUUAUUAUCAGCCAUGGAUAGAAUGAAGAUUCCUCUUCACAAUAAAGACAAUGAACUGAGUCGAGAUUUCAUCAUGAAGGAGGCUGGAAAUCCUGAAAGCCAUAGAAGAAAUGAAUUUCUUGACCAUGUAGAACAAUUAUGGAAUGAUGCUGGUGUGCAGGAAUGUUAUGGCAAAUCCCAUGGAUUCCAACUCAUUGAUUGUGCGAAAUACUUUCUUGAUAAAAUUCCUGAAAUCAAAAGCCCAGCUUACGUGCCCUCAGAUCAAGAUAUUCUUCGAUGCAGAAGUUUGACAACUUCAAUUCAACACACCGAAUUCGAAGUUCCCGAUGGUGGACAUCAAGUUAAAUUUGACGUUUAUGAUGUUGGCGGACAACAAGGAGAACGCAAGAAGUGGAUCCAAGUGUUUGACAGUGUGACCGCCAUUCUUUUCGUGGUGGACUGCAGUAGUUUCGAUCAAACUCUUCGUGAGGAUCCCGAUAAGAAUAGACUUCUUGAAGCUCUGGAAAACUUUGAACAAGUCUGGAAUAACCGAUUUCUUAGAUUCGUCUCUGUGCUCCUCUUUAUCAACAAAAUUGAUGUAUUGGCGGAGAAAAUAGCAAGAGGACGUGACAUUGCAGAACUGACAAAAUUGUAUCCAGAGGUCUUCCCCAAUUUUGAGAAAUUCACUCCAUCCAAAUCUGAUAUCAUGGAAUUUUUGGAAGCUUAUCCCAGUUACAAAAACGAGACCUGCAAGAAAUCACGAUCCGUAUCACGCCAUGAUGUGCACCCAGACACAAUUAAAACAGCUGUGUACAUCAAACACCUUUUCAUGAAAAUCGUCCGCGGGGAGUUACAGUUAAGACAAAGAAUAACACAGCAAGCCCCGAAUUGGCAUGAUGGACAUAGUUGUGAAUAUUUCUACACAUGUGCAAUUGACACCAACAAUGUACAACCCGAGGAAGCAAAGAGAGCAAAGCUUAGAAACAAGCAGAUCAGCAAAACAUUAAAACAACAUCAAAAGGAGGAGUUGAAGAAACUUAAAAUCUUAUUAUUAGGUACUGCUGAAUCUGGAAAAAGCACAAUUACAAAGCAAAUGAAGAUUAUCCAUGGGAAUGGAUUUGACAUGAGUGAAAGACUUGAAAAAGUAUCCGACAUUAGGAAAAACAUCCAGCAAUCUAUUGUUGUGUUGCUUACAGCUAUGAAAGAGUUGGAAAUCCCCUUCGCACAAAAAGAAAAUGAGAAUAGAAGGGAGUUCAUCCUUAACCAAGCAGGAAAUCCUGAAAGCUAUAAAUCAAAUGAAUUCCUAGAGCACACCGAACAGCUGUGGGCCGACUCUGGAGUACAAGAAUGUUACAGCAGAUCUCAUGAAUUUCAGCUAAUUGACUGUGCUAAAUACUUUCUUGACAAAAUUUCUGAAAUCAAGAACCCAGAAUAUAUUCCAUCUGACCAGGAUAUCCUCAGAUGCAGAAGCUUGACCAACUCUAUUCAACAUACUGAAUUCUGUGUUCCUGAAGGAGGACAUCAAAUCAAAUUCGACGUUUAUGAUGUUGGUGGACAACAAGGAGAACGCAAGAAGUGGAUCCAAGUGUUUGAUGGUGUUAAUGCUAUUCUUUUUGCUGUUGACUGUAGCAGUUUUGACCAAACUCUUCGUGAAGAUCCAACAAAGAACAGGCUAUUGGAGGCUUUGGAAAACUUUGAACAAGUCUGGAAUAACCGUUUCCUGAAGAAUGUAUCCGUUCUUCUUUUCCUCAACAAAAUCGAUGUAUUGGCUGAGAAAAUCGCCAAGGGCCGUGACAUCUCAGAACUUUCACAACAAUACCCAGACACUUUCCCAGACUUCAAAAGCUUUACUCCAUCAAAAUUGGAAGUUCUUAAAUUCCUUGAAUCAUAUCCAAAGUACAGCAAUGCAAACAAUAUGCACCCAGACACAGUGAAAACAGCUGUUUAUAUUCAACAUUUGUUCAUGAAAAUUGUAAAAGGAGAUCUACAACUGAAAGAACGAAUCACCAAGAGAGAUUCCGAAUGGCACAGUGGACACAGUUGUGAAACCUUUUACACAUGUGCUGUUGACACAAGCAACGUUCAAAAAGUUCUUAAUGGUUGCCGAUCCCUUAUAAUCCAGAACCAUUUGAGAAAAUUUGGACUGCUAUAAACUUUUGAGAGCCAUCAAAAGACCAACCUGUGAUAAUGGAAUUAUAAACUAUUUUAUUCUAUGACAUUUCGUCCCUACGCAUACCUCGGAAACCUUUGACUUAUGGUCCGUGUCACGAAAUAUAUGACCAUGUGUUUUACAUUAUUUAUUUGAAUACACCAACUAUGAUCCGUCCAUUUUUCGAACAAUUAAUGUAGUGCUUUUUACACACUACAUAAGUUCUUUGAAGGAAUCUUUUGGAUUUAUAUACAUUUUUAUAUACAUAUUCUCUAUUUAUGUUGUUUUUAACAAUUUACAAUGAUGUUUACACUUGUUUUUGUUAUAAAUA